GGGUGACUCUCUUCACAUGGGCUGCGCCCAAACAUUAUGGGCUACAAAUACCCUCUCGCGCCAAACCUUCUUCUAGAAAUUUGAAUAGCCGCUGGAGCCUAUUCCAUUCGCUCAUUGUUCAGCUAUUUGUUCCUUCCGUUCCCCGCUGAGCUGAGCCUCCUCUCCACCCACAAGCCAAGUUGAAGAAGAUGAAGUUCAAAGCGUUCCUCACACAAGACGGUGUCCACCUCCUCGACAAGCGGUUUCUCCCUGCUCUGGACAAGGUGGGCCGGAUCUGCCACGUCUAUCUCACCCCCGACCACGCCAUGUUCCUCCACAACUUCCUCGGCGGCGCCGCCGGGGGCGGCGGGGUCGAGUGCGUGGCCCAGUUCGACAAGGACCUACUCUUCCGCGACUACCGCAUCGCGAGCGCCAACGCCGAUCGGAUCGCCUUCGCCGUCGACGUCCCGCUCCUCCACCGCGCCCUCCGCAGCGCCCUCACCAUCCACGCCCAAUCCCUCGCCGGACCUUCCGCCGCCGCCGCCGUCGACAUACAGAUCAAGCUCGUCAAGAAGCUCCCCGCGGGGUCGCGGUCCUCGGCGCCGUUCCUCACGUUCGAGACCAAGGGCGCCCGCUCCGCCGUCGUGCAGGACGUGCCCAUCUCGAAGCCGCUCUCCCGCGCCGACGUCGCCGAGCUCCAGGCCUCGCUCGACGCCGCGCAGGAUCUCCCUCAGACUCUGGUACAAGUGCCUGAUCUGUCCCAGCUACAGAGCCUGGUGGACCGGCUCAAGAACGUGGGCGACCUCCUCACGGUCUCCAUCACGCAGUACGGUGAUCUCCAUUUACAGGUCUCCACCACCCUCAUCACCGUCGGGUCGGAGUUCCGGAAGCUCAGAGUCCUCGGUGCGCAUGCUGAACCACCGGUCGGAGACCAAAACUUGAGUGCCCGGACACGUACGGAGAUGGCGAUUCAGAGGGGUGAGGCGCUCUCUGUGCAAGUGAGCAUGAAGCACUUAGCGAAGAGUUUGCAGUGUCAUUUGGCCAAGCCAGAUUGUGCCUUCUAUGGUAUUGCUCCACAUGGUGCUUGCUUAACAGUGAUAUUCCAGUUCUUCAUUCCUGGGACGCGCCUCACUGAUAAAUCCAUCAGCUUCUACUGUAGACUCCCCGUCCUCGACCCGGGCUCCAGCUAGAUAAUAUCAGUUACUCAGCUCCUACAAAUAGUGUUUUCCUUAAAUCACAGUUUUUUAGGUCUCUCUGUGCAUAGUUUAAGUUGAGUUGUGAAGAUUUCAGUUAAUAUAGUUGUGGCUAAGACUUUGUUCA